AUGGCGGCGGAGCAAAAAACCUCUCACGUAAUCCUAACCCUCAUCCCAAUCUUCCUCCUCCUCCUCUACGCCCUAUUCGCCGUCUCGCCCUUCAUCGACAGGAAACUCUCCGUCGCCGCCACCGUCCCAGCUGCAGCCCCGCCGCCGCUGACGACGGAGAAGAUCGACCUCAGCAGUAGCGACAGCACACGUAAUGCUAGUAGUGGCUUGGAGAAGAUCGAAGAGGAGCUGGCUAGAGCUCGGGCGGCGAUCAGGGAAGCGAUUCGAAGCCGGAGCUAUAGGUCGUACAAGGAAGAAGAGUUCGUCCCCCGGGGACCUGUGUAUAGAAACCCUACCGCUUUCCAACAGAGCCACAUAGAGAUGGUGAAGAGGUUCAAGAUAUGGACCUACAGAGAAGGCGAGAGGCCGUUGGUCCAUCGGGCUCCGAUGACCAACAUCUACUCCAUCGAGGGCCAGUUCCUCGACGAGAUGGAGAGCGGGAAAAGCCCAUUUAGGGCCCAAACCCCGGAAGAGGCCCAUAUGUUCUACAUUCCCGUCAGCGUCGCUUCCAUCAUUCACUUCAUCUACCAGCCCGUCUUGACCAAGAAGGACUACGACCGCGGCCGGCUCCACCGGAUCGUCGAUGACUACGUCGGAAUCGUCGCCGGAGAGUACCCGUACUGGAACCGGUCUCAGGGCGCCGACCACUUCAUGGUGUCGUGUCAUGAUUGGGCACCAGACGUCUCCAAGGACAACCCGAAAUUCUACUCGAAACUAAUCCGAGUCCUCUGCAACGCCAACACCUCAGAAGGAUUCCAGCCCGCUCGUGACGCCUCCCUACCCGAAGUCUUCCUCGACUACGGCCGACUCGGCCCGGUCCAACAAGGCGGUUCCGACCCAUCGAACCGAACCACCCUCGCCUUCUUCUCCGGCGGGAUCCACGGCCACAUCCGCCGCCUCCUCUUCGAGCGCUGGCACGGCAAGGACCGCGACGUCCAGGUCAUCGAGCGGCUCCCCGACCGGUCGAUCUACAUGGCGAGGAUGGCCCGAGCCAAGUUCUGCCUGUGCCCGAGCGGCCACGAGGUGGCGAGCCCGAGGAUCGUGGAGGCGAUCAGCGUGGGCUGCGUCCCCGUUCUGAUCUCGAAGAACUACUCGCUGCCGUUUGGCGAGGUGCUGGACUGGAGCGAGUUCACGGUGACGGUGACGGUGGAGAGGAUCGGCGAGAUUAAGAGGAUUUUGGAGGGUGUUUCGGAGGAGAGGUACUUGGAGUUGUAUGAGAGGGUGAAGGGGGUGAGGAGGCAUUUUGAGGUGAACCGGCCGGCGAGGCCGUACGAUUUGCUUCACAUGGUGCUUCAUUCUUUGUGGUUGAGGAGGUUGAAUGUUAGGUUGUAA